CACCUUCACUCGACGACGAGCGCAUCUCGGUUCUUUUGUAGUUUUUUUUGUGGUUGUCGUGCCCUCGCGUGCAGUUUCCCUCGGCGCAACCGUGUGCAGCUUGUGUUCGCGCGUCAUCGUUGCCCUUCUGAUGCGCUGCCGCUGCUAGAGCCCGGCAGUCGUGCACCGCAUCGAUCUCCAUGUCGAGCCGCACCAAGCGGAAGCUCGAGCACUUCGAUCCGAACGCGUCGGAUCCCGAAGACGAAGACUGGGACGCCUCCGCUCGUCCCUCACCACAGCGCCGAAAGAAGCGGCACACGUCGGGCGCACCGCGCAAGAAAGGCAGCAAACGCCAGCGCCGCGGCUACACGGGCUCUGACGUCGACGACGACGACGCGAUCGUGUCCGACGACUCUUUCACCGAGCGCUCGUCUUCCGAAGAGGUUGAGAUCAACCCCAACACGGGCCGCAGCGUGCGGCGCGCCACUAAGAAGCAGAUAAAGUACGAGGAGAGUGAAGAAGACGAGAUCCAGGACACGCCCUCGGAGAGCGACAGCCCUGCGCCCCGCCGCCGAAACAAGGCCCACCAGAGCAUCGAGCACCCCUCGCUCGUAGUCAAGCUUCAGAUCGGUGAGCACGCAGCGCGCGAACUCGACUCCAAGAUGUCGUCCGGCAGGAGCUUGCGUACCCGGCACGGUAGCAAGUCCAUCAACAACGCGCGCGGCGAGACGCCAAACCCGCUGGGCACGCGGCGUAGUAGCCGCCUGUCGCACGACGUCGAAGAGCCCAUCGUAGCUCUGUCCGACUCCGGCAAGCACGUCAACAUAGUCCGCCAGGGUACGCGCAGCCCCGAGCCUAUACCCACUACGCGAGCGACGCGAGGCGCCAAGGCGCCGCGGGCCAGCGCCAUCAUGGAGGCUUCGCAGGAAGACUCAAUGGUGCAUCGCGACGGCAGUGAAGGCCCUCUCGACGACCUGCUGGUUGAGAAUACCGAGACACAAGUACAGGCGAGCCAUCAAGGUUCGCCUGAGCAAGACGCCCAGGCUGACAAAGACGAUGCUGAGGGCGAGGAUGACGACGAUGACAUGCAGGUCGGUGUGAUUCAAGAGUCUCAGCAUGACCCGCUUGCGGCCGAAGAUUCAGAGGAAGAUGGCCCCGUGACUCGCGGUGGCGCCAGGAACCUGAGGUCCGCUACAAAGCCGAAGCGAGGCGCAGACGAAAGUAGCGAUUUCGAGCCUGCCCCAGAAGAGGAGAAGGAGCAUGAAGAGAUGUCUGAAGACGAACAGCCUCAAGGCCGGCGGUCGACAUCGGAAGACAGCGCUUCCGGCUCAGGCAGGAGGUCUGGACGUCUUCGGAAGAGGCGAACUAGGAGCCGUCGACAAUCCAACUCAUCCGAUGAAGGAUCGCCUGAUCCCGACGAGAUUGCAGAAGAGAUACAUGAGCUGGGCGGCAACAAAAGACGCCGCCUCAACAGGAAUCUCCCAGACAGCGACCUUGCUUACGACAAACCCCAGCGACGCAACCGUGCCCGAAACCAAGUCGACUAUCGUAUUGUCCGUCCAGAGCUCAAUGCUGCAUUCGAUGAUGAAGAAGGUGGCGCUCCGGCAGCUGACAAGACUCGCUCUCGAGGUGGCGGCGGCGGCGCCAAGUACCGGAGUCUCUUCAGCAACCAAGGUCCAUUUGGAGGCGGCCUUGAAGCCGGUGCAAUGGGCGGUGCUGAUUCAGACAGCAGCGAUGAAGAAGUGCAGAAGAUGCCUAGGCCAUCAUUGGGCGGCGCCAUUGGAAUGACCCCAACCACUGCUGCACCACCUGGCUUUGGCUUCCCUCAGACGCACAACGCCGAUCCCCAGCAGGGAGGAGCAGGUGGCGGGCCCGCAAAUCUGGGCAAAGUCAAGGACAAGAAGGCUCUUGCAGAUGCUGACCCUCUCGGUGUUGAUCCGAACGUGACCUUCGACGAAGUCGGUGGGCUGGGAGAUCACAUCAACAAGCUCAAGGAGAUGGUGCAGCUCCCAUUACUUUACCCUGAAAUCUUCAAGGAAAAGAAUAUGACGCCGCCUCGGGGUGUCCUAUUUCAUGGCCCUCCCGGAACCGGUAAAACACUUCUUGCCCGUGCUCUCUCUUCUACUCUCAGCGGGUCUGGUCAGAAGGUUAGCUUCUACAUGCGCAAGGGUGCGGAUGCACUCAGCAAGUGGGUCGGUGAAGCAGAGCGCCAACUCCGUCUUCUUUUCGAGGAAGCGCGCAAGAACCAACCGAGUAUCAUCUUCUUCGAUGAGAUAGACGGUCUAGCACCUGUCCGUUCGAGCAAGCAGGAACAAAUUCAUGCCUCGAUUGUUGCGACGCUUUUGGCACUUAUGGAUGGUAUGGACGGCCGUGGGCAAGUCAUUGUCAUCGGUGCGACCAACAGGCCUGAUUCGGUCGAUCCUGCUCUGCGGCGACCUGGUCGUUUCGACCGCGAGUUCUACUUUCCUCUACCCGACGCUGCUGGUCGGCGCGCCAUCAUUGACAUUCAUACGAAAGGGUGGAAGCCAGAACUGAAGCCCGAGAUAAAGGAUCAGUUGGCAGAGUUGACGAAGGGCUAUGGUGGUGCCGAUCUCCGUGCUCUGUGCACUGAAGCUGCUUUGAACGCGGUCCAGGGCACUUACCCCCAGAUCUACACUUCUGAGAAGAAGCUGCUCAUCGACCCAAAGAGCAUCAAGGUUUUAGCCAAGGAUUUCAUGAUCUCCGUCAACAAGAUUGUGCCCUCAUCGCAGCGCACGGCAACAUCGAAGGCAGCGCCACUGCCGAAGAGUGUCGAGCCACUUUUGCGCAAGCCACUCAAGGAACUGCAAGAAAGGCUUGAUCAGCUCAUCCCUCGGAGAAAGAAGCUCACUGCACUCGAAGAAGCGCAAUAUGAUGAUCGCGACGAAGAAAAGGGCUUCGAAAAAGAGAUGCUCAUGCGCAGCUUCACGAACAAUCGGAUGUUCCGUCCACGUCUGCUUAUCAAGGGUCUCGAAGGCAUGGGACAACGCUACCUCAGUGCCGCACUGCUCAGCAAGAUCGAAGGCCUCCAUGUACAGUCUUUUGAUCUGCCUACCAUUUAUGAAGAUUCAACGCGCCCACCUGAGCAGGCGAUCAUCCAACUAUUCAACGAAGCAAAACGUCACAAACCAAGCGUCAUCUACAUUCCGGCCGUCGAUGUAUGGUACGAAUCGCUUCCGGAAGCUGCCUUGCGAAUGUUCCACAUGAUGCUGAGGGACAUUCAAGCAAAUGAGCCUGUGCUUCUCUUAGGCGUCUUGGAGCAAGAGAAUGAGAAUGAUCGCUUGAACCCCAGGAUGAUGAAAGACCUUUUCCCGUUCACGAGCAGGAAUGUCUACGACCUGAAGCGACCAGAAAAAGACGCGCGACGCGAAUUCUUCACUGAAGUGUCUGACUACAUACGCAUGUCACCAACAGACUUCCCAGAUCCAGACAAUCGCAAGAAGCGGAUACUUCCGGAGUUGCCUCAUGCACCAGUUGUUGAACCAGUCCUUGAUCCCCGCGAGAUAGCAGCUCGAGAGAAAGCGCAGCGCAAACAGGACCGCAUGACAUUGAACAAGCUCAAAAUUUCCAUCCAACCCAUCAUGGAUCAGUUAAAGAAGUCGUACCGAUCGUUCUUCGCCCCUGUCCUGGAUGAGUCGUGGUACUCGUACCUAUUGACAGAAACCGAACCUAACCACAUCUCGACCGACCUACCUCCUGACCAGCAGCAGCAGCAGGAGCAGACCCGGCUAUGGGCAUUCUCAAAAGACAAGAAAGGUGUGGAUGUGCUGCUCCAUAUCGAAAGCGGCAACAAGUAUUACAAUCUCGAUCUCAAAAACAUCGAACAGAGGUUGUCGAAUGGAUACUAUAAGCGACCACGGGACUUUCUCUUUGAUAUUCGCACCUUGGCCAAGGACUCCAGUACUUUUGAAAAGGCCGAGAGGGCUUCUGGAAUCAAUGCGAACCAGAACCAACAGCGAACGGUGAAGGCCAACGAAAUGGUUACAAAUGUCGAGGUAGACAUCGAAGGUAUUAUACAAUCGAAUCCCGCUCUGGCAGCGGAAUGCGAGGCUGUCUAUUUGCGAGAGGUCGAGCGGGAGAAGAAGGCGAAAGAGAAGCGUGAUAGAGAUCUCGCCGCUGGCAAGGAGGUCGCCCUUAUUCCGCCUGUGCCACCGCAGCAGUCAGCCACCACCGCCGAAGCGUCCGGCCCUAUCGUACUGGGAGAACCGUUGCCACCGUUCAAUGCCGCACCUCCGGUCACUCCUAUGCGUCCGUACCUGCCGGCUGCCCCACUCACAAACGGGACGAGCGGGGAACAGAAUGGUUCCACUGUACCUUCGCGGACAGACGAGGACACGCAUAUGACAGACAGCCAGGAUCUCGAUGCCCAUACGCAGCACCACGAGUUCCAGACGCCGGGCGGAAUGGGUACGCAAACUCAGAAGUCUCAGAUGUCCGCCCGCACCUUCAUAGCGCCGCACUCAAACCCUCACGACUAUCACAACAGUGCAUCGACGACCACAUCUGGGAAGAAGACUUCAGAUCGAUCCUCGGGCGCGCGCUUCAGUACGCAAUUCAACACCCAGAGUACCAACGGCACCGGUCCGGCUGGUGCGCCUGACUUCUCCGAGAUGGCACCUCAGCCCGGCGGCUCGCAGCUUCCUGACACACAAGAAUUCCCCUCCGAAGACGCCAGCAGCCAAGCUCCACCCUCCCAGGCCUCCUCCCAUUCCCACCACGACAUGCCCGCGCCCGCCGUUCCUCGCGGCCCCUCCGCCAUCACGGCCAUCCUCAACGACCGCGACGAAGAACCCCACCCACAGCUCCUCCUCGACGAACAACAGCUCGCGAACCUACAUGACCUCCUCGUCGCGUCGUCUUCGGGAUGUUCUCUGGAACAGCUCGAACAGAUCAAUGCUUCACUUAUGGAAACCAUCUGGGAGGACCGCCGCGAGUGGAACCGCAAUAAGGUCGUGCACCACGUGGGCGAGGCAUUCAAUACGAUCAUUAGGGAUAUCGAGGAGAUGCAGAAGCUGCAGCGGCAGAGUCAGGAGGAGGCGGAGGAGGAGUAUAGGAGGGAGAGUGGAAGGGGAGUUGGGGGUGGGAGCGGCGGGAUGUACUACACCGGCUUGACGCAGGUCGGGACGCAGGAACCAACGCAGUAUUGGGAUUCUGCGCGCGGACGGGGGAGUGCUGCGCAAGGAGGUGCGGGGGGUGCGCAGACACAGGCGAGUCAGUAUUCGUAGAUACUGACUGAUCGCCUCUGUCUUGCGGAGAUUUUGAUUUCCUUCUUUCUACUUGCUUGUUUGGCUCUUCUUGGCUGAUCUUGAAGUUGGGGAAGAGGAGGCCGUCUAGCAUAUUGUACGAUUCCCCAUGAUUUCGUCUUGUCUCACCUUUGGCGUUCUAGGCUAGCUUCCUUGAAAGCAUGUUGGGGGAGGGCCGCAUUGGGUGGAAUGGGUAGGGUAGGUAGUAAGCUCUAUAUAGAGCCUCGAGUUCGAAAAUGGGCUGCUUCGGCUUUGAG